CCGCAGGCUAAAACUGUCAUUUUCCCGAAAACGCGUGUGAUUGUUUAUGUGACUGCUAUCCGCAGCACGCUGUAUUUUAAGUUUGCCAUUCUAUACAUUAGUUUAUUAUUUUUGAAAAAAAGAAUACAGAAGUUUAGACUCGCACAACGAUGAUUCAAACUAAAAAAAGGCCUGCGCCCAGCGAUAAGGCAAAAUCGUCGUCAGAAAAAGACGUGAAGAAACAAAAAUUAACCAAAUCCACACCGGAUGAGGCCGAUACUAAACCGGCUGAAAAGUUUUCGAUGCGGCUAGAUGCUAGCUCCCACAAGCAGAGUGGCAAAUUUCAGAAAAAAUGGACUGCCACGGGAGGUAAGAAAGCAGACGCCAAACCGUUCGGUGAAAAAAAGCCAUUUGUCGAAAAUACACCGGAGGCCAAGAGGGAAUACUGGAACGGUCUUAAGGCGAAACAAAAGGAACUACGGGAACAACGACGUAAAGCGAAGACAAAAGACCUUUACGAGCUGAGUGUGGGAGCGAAAAAGAUCUACGAAACUUUAAAGAGAAAAAGUACAGAAAAUAAAGAACAGUUGGUUGUUCGUUUGCACGAAAUGCUAAGUAAGGACAAUACGUACAGCAGAAUUGCCACCAGUCACGAUACGGCUCGUGUGAUUCAGUGUAUGAUUAAAAACGCCUCAGAAGAAGUGCGUGCCCAGAUAGCGGAUAAGCUGCUACCGACCAUCAACGAACUUGCCAUUUCCAAAUACGGGCACCAUUGCGUGACAAGCCUCCUAAAACACGGGUCGAAACCACUUGGUGUUAAAGUCACGGAUGCGAUCAUCAAACAUGUGGUGAAAAUGACCACCCAAACCUUUUCCGGGUCGAUUGUUGAUUUGGUUUAUAACGAGUACGCCACUAACCAACAGAAAGCUUUCAUGCGCCAGGCUUUCUAUUCAGAAAUUUAUCAGCACAGUAAGGAUAAGACUGUUUCCUGUAUGAAGGACACCUGGGAAACUAACAGCUAUAUGAAAAAGACGGUUAUCUCUACGGUGAAAGGUCAUUUGGUACAGGCGGCCAAUAAGCAGCUCACGGAUAAUGCACUGCUGCACACACUAUUGUUAGAUUUCCUACAGGAAGCAGCGGAAGUCGAACGGUCGGAAGUUAUAGAAUUGUACCUCCCUCACUUGGCGGCGAUUUCCAGCACGAAGGAUGGAGUAACGGCUGCCAUAUUCUGUUUCCUGAAUUCCGUAGUUAAGGAUCGCAGGGCAGCCUUGAAGGCACUUAAGCCAUAUGCAGAGAAACUGAGCAUUCACGAGCAUGGCCACCGUUUGGUGCUUUGCAUUCUAAACUGUUACGAUGACACAGUUAUUUUGGGUAAACAACUGGUGGCGGUGCUCCUGGAGCACGUGGAAACCAUCGUUGCUAGCGGGGAGUGGGGCCGAAAGGUUAUAGGGUGGAUAUUUUCCCCUGCCGAUAAGGAUCUGCUUCAUCCGACGCAGAUCGAAAUUUUGGACGGUUACUUGAAGUACAGCAAAAAAGACAAAGACAUCCGCAGAAGGGAAAUCUUCACUGCCGCUGUGGAAUCGUUCGUUAAAGAUGUAGAAGCGAACGCGAGCUUUUGGCUGCGGGGAGGACACACGGCUCUACUGACGGCCGCUAUUCUCAAGAAUCUUACUGGAGAACAUUUAAAGAGGAUCCAUCAGGCUCUUGCGAAGGUGAUUUGUGAUCCGGAGUGGCAGAUUCACGAAAACGAAAUCAACCCAGAAGGGCUACCUGUACUGGAAGAUGCAUUUAAAAAACCAGACGAAAAUAAAAAGAAUGGAGGCAAAGUGAAGAAACUUAAACAGAGUCCUUUUGCUGAAGAAAAGGAGAAAAAACGUCAAAAACUAUUGGAAGCAAAUGCAUUGCUGAAUGGGAUUGAACAUGCAGGAGUGCACAUUGCUCUGAAAAAAAUAAUCAAACUGGAUUCCGAGAAACGCCAACAAGACGCAACGGCCUCUCAGUUUGGAGAAGCAAUAGUCGAACAACUGGAAAAGGAAUCGAUCACAACAUGGAUUCAGCAAAACCGACCCUGCUUCCUUCUGCUUCUAAUAUUUGAAAACAGCAUCGAAUCUGUGCAGAAAAAAGUGAAGCAAACGCUCAAGCCAGUAAAAGCCGAACUUAAACUUCAGAAACACACCGGCGCAAAAUUGUUGCUCGAGAAAUUAAAACUUUAAUCUCUCGCUCGAAGAGGGAUACUUUUUUAUAGUUGUAAAGCAAUUGAAAUAUAUCAAUUAUCAAC